AUGAGCCAAGUUCAAGUCGUGUCCAACACCCAGGCCUGGAACUCGUCGGCCCUCGGUUGCGGCCCUGUCGAGCCCGUGGUCAGCCGAGUCUCGUCUUCUUCAUCUUCGACCGCCGGCGGCGUGAGCAAGCUGCGCCACCGAUCGCGAGUGCAGGAGAACAACAACAGCAGCAGCAGCAACAAGGAGAAGGAGGUCCAGCCCACGACCGACGAGAGAGCCCUGCGCGACGAGAGCAAGGCGGCGCGCCGGCUGCUGCAGAAGAAGCAGGACGCGAUCAUGACCCUGGCGCAGGAGCGGUUCGGCAACGAGGCCCAGGCCAAGCAGGAGGUGCUCCACGCCUACGCCAAGCUGGCGGUCAAGUGGUUCCAGAAGACGACCGAGGGCCAGACCUUCGACGCCAAGAAGGUCGAGAAGCAGAUCCAGCAGACGCUCGAGGUCUUCUCCAACUUCCUCAAGGAGUGGCGCAUGGACUACCUGCUCCUUCCUGCCCUCAUCUAUGUCGAGCGUUACUUCAAGGUGUUGGGCUCGAUCUCGUACCAGUACGUGUUCGACCUGUUCCUCACGGCCGUGGUGCUCUCGAUCAAGUUCUGGCACGACCCGGUGAUCGCCAACACCACCUUCUCGAAGAUCUUUGACAUCCCCACCAACGUGCUCACCUUCAACGAACUCAACUUCCUCUACGCCGUCGACUACAACCUCGUCCUCGACCAGGAGCACGUCCAGGUCUUCACCAGGCGUCUCGUCUUCUAA